AUGAUAGUGGUUUGGCCCCGGGAGCAGAGUUAUAAUAACACAAGAGACACACACGUCCUAAUAUCACAUGGAAUAGUUGAAAACUACAAAAUUGACAUCUUAAAUUCUGACGAAUCCCUUCAACUCUUGAGCAAGAAAGCCUUCAAAAGAGAUAAACCUGAUGAACAUUAUUUGGAGUUGUCAAAAGCUGUUGCCAAAUAUGCAGGAGGCCUCCCUUUGGCCUUGGAGCUAUUAGGUUCAUUUCUGUGUGGAAGAAGUGAAUCCCAAUGGAAAGAAGUAGUGGAUAUGAUAAAAGAAGUGCCCCCGAGUCAUAUUGCGAUGAAAUCGCUUAGAAUAAGCUACAAUGGGUUGCCGCUACGUUAUAAAACUUUGUUUCUUGAUAUUGCAUGUUUCUUCAAAGGGAGAAUAAAAGAGCUUGUGAUACAAGCUCUAGAAAUUUGUGAACGUUAUCCACCAGUUGGAAUUGACCUUCUGGUUGAAAAAUCAUUGGCAACUUAUGAUGGCUUUACUAUAGGGAUGCAUGAUUUGCUUCAAGAAUCAGCAAGGGAAAUUGUUAAAGAAGAAAGUUAUGUGGAUCCGGCAAAACGAAGUAGAUUGUGGACUCUAGAGGAGACAAAUGAAGUAUUAAAAUACAAUAAGGCAAAUGAAUCAAUUGAAGGUAUUGUUUUGAACUCGCCUGAAAAGGAAGAAGCUAUUUGGGAUCCUGAAGCGUUCUCAAGGAUGUAUAAUCUUCAAUUACUUAUCAUAAACUAUCGUGUAAAUCUUCCUACUAGCCUCAAAUGUCUUUGCAGUUCUCUGAAAUUUCUUCAGUGGAUGAACUAUCCUUUGGAAUAUCUACCGCUUGGCGUGCUGCUAGAUGAACUUGUAGAGUUGAAAAUGCAUUCCAGCAGAAUAAAAAGGAUUUGGAAUGGAAAUCAAGAUUUUGCAAAGCUGAAGUUCAUUGAUUUGAGCUAUUCUGAAGAUCUAAUUCAAACCCCAAUAGUUUCUGGGGCUCCAUCUCUUGAAAGAUUGCUUCGUAUAAGUUGUGUAAACCUUGUUGAGGUUCACCCAUCAGUUGGACAACACAAGAGACUUGUUCUAUUGUUGCUGAAAGAUUGCAAAAAUCUUCAAAUCAUGCCAAGAAAAUUGGAAAUGGAUUCUUUGGAGGAAUUGAUUCUCUCUGGCUGCUCAAAAAUUGAAAAACUCCCAGAAUUUGGAGACAACAUGAAAUCUUUAUCACUGCUUAAUGUGGAGAACUGCAUAAAUCUCCUUUCCCUGCCAAAUUCCAGUUGCAAUUUGAGAUCUCUCAGAAAACUCUACGUUUCUGGCUGCUCAAGAAUCUCAACACUGCCAGAUGGUAUGAAUGAAAAUGAGUCAUUGGAGGAGCUUUAUGUGAGUGGUACUGACAUAAGAGAAAUUCCUUCACGUUUAGAAAAACUUAGAGAGCUCUCCUUUGGUGGAAGGAAAGAAACAACACCCAAAUCACAAAACUUUAUGCCUCCUCUUCCCAGUUUAUUGGCCUUGGAGUCCUUGGAUUUAAAUUAUGGAGGUCUUACUGAUGAAUCAAUUCCUAGUGAUCUUGGUCCUUUAUCAUUGUUGAAGCGUUUAGAUCUAAGUGGUAACAAUUUUGUUAACCCACCUGCCCAAUUCAUUAUUAGUCUUUCUAUGUUGCAUACUUUGUCCUUCAAUGAUUGCCCAAGACUUGAAUCCUUGCCAUUGCUUCCACCAAAUUUACAAUCUUUGUACACAACUAAUUGUCCUAAAUUGAAACCCUUUCACUUGGUUGAAGAUACUCUAUGGAAGAUCUUUGAGUCACAUUCACAUGAGGAUCCGAUUGAAGGGCCAGAGCUUUGGUUCAUAACACCAGGGAAUGAAAUUCCAUCUUGGUUCAACAAUCAAAACUUUCUUGAAAUUGAUUCAUCAGAUCAAACGUAUGAGAAGUUGUGUUGUGAUUCAGUUACUUCAAUAACAGUGGAUGUAUCUGAGGACUUCCAGUUAAGUGAAUGGUGGGGAAUUGCAGUAUGCCUAGUAAUAGAACCUUUGAACAUGGAUGUGCCAUCUUCAUCUAAUGCAAGGUCAACUUCUACUGUCAAUGAGGAAAUUGGCAUUUAUUACUGGGUCUGUAAAGCUCCUGAUAAAGAUCCUGACCCAAAUUUUCCUAUAGCACCCAAGUUUGGGCACAUGCUGUAUAAAUUCAAGGACCCUUACAUCCAUAUUAUAUUCUUGAAUGCUGAUCAUGUGUAUAUUCAGCAUUAUCUAAGUGGGGAGCAAACACAGCUUGAAGUGAUACUUUUUGUUGAAAACUUUUCUGAAUCAUGCAAGGCAAGAAUAAAGAAGUGUGGGUGCCGUGUGAUAUGUAAGGAAAAAAUUGAAGAAUGGAGGAAGCUCUCAGAUGGUCUUAAUAUAUCAAGAAUAACAGAAACGAAUCAAGAUGAGGAACGUCAUGAAUUGCAGGUGGAAGAACCUACUUCUCCAAACACAUUCUCUCCCGUGGAGAAAACAGAAGGACAAACUACCCUUGGUAAAUGAUCUCACUGUAUCACGUUCAUAAUAUACAAGUAAUAAUUUGGUUUGUAUAUUACUGAUAGUGAUGGAACAUCUUACAUGUUUCACUUUAUAGUUUGAUAAUUUCAUCUAAUAUAUUUCAGCUGAGAGUCUGAGAAGUUUUAUCAUAAUUUAUAAUUUACUUACUUUGUCACUUCUAUCACAAUGUCGUGAUGAAUUGUUUCAUAAUAAUAGUUUACAACAUGUUUCAACAUAAUCUGUGAAAUGUUCCAUUACAAUUUGUGACUUAUGCUUGUAGAGGACCAAAACUUAUCACACUUUUGUCACCUUUUCGCUUUUCACCUCCCAGUUAGUGUCCUCAACUUCAUUUAAUUUUCCGUUUAAUAUGUUGAAAUUUCACUUG